AUUCUGGUAUUCGGAUCGCGAUCACAGCACAGCACAGCACAGCACAGCACAGCACAGCACAGCGAUAGCCAGUCGCGCUAUGCUGUGCUGCCAAGGAAAGUAACAGCAUGGGUACCUGAUUUAUUCUAUUAUCUUGUUGUUUGAUGAAGGAAGAGGGGAGGAGGGGAGUGUGGGUAAGCAGGAAUGGAAUUUGGUUGGUGGGAUAGUUAUACAUAUGUCAUUUCAAGGAUGAUGGUGGGUGUGGUUUGUUUGUUGGAUUCUGCAGUGUGUGUGUGUGUUACCUUGUUUCUGGGUUUUGCAGGCAAUAGAUCGGGAUCUGAAGUAAGGGAUGAUGGGCUGGGUUGGGUUGGGUGGGAUACCACCUAUAACUGCCUGCCUGCCUGCUGGCUGGCUAGUUUGAUGCAUGAUGCAUGAUGCAUGCGCUGCAUACUUAUA